ACCAGCACCAGCGUGUUUUCAAAUGUGAAAGGAUUAAAAUAAAUAUAGUAUUCUUAAAUGUGAAUUAAGGUUUAAUUAUCAGGAAAUUGCUUGCAACAACAAAAUGCAGUUAUCUGAAAUAGAUAACGUGAAAAUAUACAAUCUCAGCGUUGGAAAAUCCCUACCUGAUUGGCUGACAGAGAGAAAAAAGCGUGCUCUACUCAAGAAAAAUGUUGACCUCAGGCGAAAAAUUGAGCUUAUUCAAGAGUUUGAUAUGCCAGGAGUAAGCACCACUAUUCGAGUUUCCAAAGAUGGACAAUAUAUAAUGGCCACCGGCAUUUACAAACCAAGAAUAAAAUGCUAUGACGUUAAUAAUUUGUCCUUAAAGUUUGAAAGAUGUCUUGAUUCGGAAGUUGUAACAUUUGAAAUAUUAAGUGAAGAUUAUUCAAAGAUAGUAUUCUUACAAUGUGAUCGGUAUGUGGAGUUUCAUGUAGGGCAUGGUCGACAUUAUCGACUGAGAGUACCACGAUUUGGAAGAGACAUAGCUUACCAUCGGCCAUCAUGUGAUUUAUUUGUUGUUGGUGCAUCAUCAGAAGUAUAUAGAUUGAAUUUGGAAAUAGGUCAAUUUCUGGCUCCAUAUGUAACAAAGGCAAAUGAAAUAAAUUGCUGUGCAGUUAAUGAGGAACAUGGGUUAUUAAUGCUUGGCACAGAAUCUGGUCAUGUGGAAGCAUGGGACCCUCGCACUAAAUCAAGACAGGGAAUAUUAGAUUGUGCCAUGCAUUGUACUGAUUCAGAUUACAAAAAUGAUAAAUUGCCUGCCAUAACUGCUGCCAAGUUUGAUGGACCACUCAGAAUGGGUGUAGGUACAUCUACAGGACAUAUACUGUUGUAUGACAUAAGAUCAAGCAAGCCAGUGCUUGUAAAAGACCACAUGAAUGAAAUACCCAUAAAAACAUUAGAAUUUCAUAAAACAAUGAAUUAUGUGUAUUCUAUGGAUUCAACUGUUGUUAAAAUAUGGGAUAAAAAUACAGGCAAGCAGUACACAAGCAUAGAGUCAUCAGCUGAUUUCAAUGAUUUAUGUGUUAUUCCUAACACUGGCUUAAACUUAAUGGCUGUUGAAGACCAAAAAAUGCAAAUAUAUUAUAUUCCAUCAUUAGGACCGGCACCAAGGUGGUGUGCUUUCUUGGAUAACUUGACAGAAGAAUUAGAAAGCUCUGCAUCACAAACAGUUUAUGAUGACUACAAAUUCAUUACUAAACAAGAGCUGGAAUCCUUAGGCCUUGAUCACUUAUUGGGUACAAAUCUACUACGAGCAUACAUGCAUGGAUACUUUGUCGAUGUGCGUUUAUACAAGAGGGCGAAAUCAAUUGCGGAUCCAUUUGCAUUUGAACAAUAUAAGAAACGCAAGAUCAGAGAAAAGAUUGAGCAAGAGAGACCAUCUAGACUCAAGGUCGAAGACAACUUGCCGAAAGUUAACAGAGAUUUGGCAUCCAAACUUAUGGAUGAUGGUGGAAAGAAGAAGAAACACACUACUAAUCUACUCAAAGAUGAUCGAUUUAAGGCUCUGUUCGAAAAUCCCGACUUUGAGGUGGAUCGGGAAGCUGAAGAAUAUCGCCUACUCAACCCUGUUUUAUCUAGGCUCGAUAAAAACAAAGAUAAGAAAACGGAAACUGAAACUUCUAUGCAGGUCGAAGAAACUGAAGAAAAGGAUUCGGAUAUGGAACUGUAUGAUACUAGUGACGGCGACAGUUCAGAUGAAGAUCGAACGUGGGUUAAAGAAGUGAAAAAGCAGCACAAAAUCAUUAGAAAUAAAUCACGACAAGAAGAAGACUCUCAACCCAACGAGGAUCAGGUUUUCGAAUCUAAUAAUGGUCCUAGAACUACAAAUAUUAUUAAAAGCAUAACACGGGUUAGCAAAGCUAGUUUAGGAGACCGAUUAGCUAAAGAAAACUUUUCCACAAUGGUUACAACUGCUGGAGGAAAUCGUGAAAUGAAGUUUAGUAUGAGAGGGAAGAAAUCAGAAACACAAAAUCAUAAACAAAUGAAGAAACAUCAUCAGGAGCGAAAACAAUUUGUCAGAAGAACAGGAUUUUUAAUGAAAAGGAAACUUCCAAAAUAGUUAUAAUUUUAUUUUUCAUACAAAUAAACAAUAGACUAAGUUAAUUA